GAACACUGUUGGGAAAUAUUCAUUCCUAGGGAAUGACAUUGUUUCCUUAUCUGGCUGGAUUCGGUCUGAGAAGGACUGUUGCUUCUAACGAAGAAAGAGCUCCACCCUCGGCCACUGCCACAGCUGCUCUGCCAAUAAAUAAGAGCAAAGCGUUUUCCCUUUGUGUAUCUCCAACAUGGAUGCCUUUCAGGGGAUUUUAAGAUUCAUCCUCCACCGGAAAACUGUUAUUGGCUACAGCUUUUUGGCUCUGCUGACUGUGGGAGGUGAGCGUCUCUUUUCACUCGUGGCUUUUAAGUGUCCCUGCAGCACUGAGAAUGUGGUGUACGGAUUGGUUUUCCUUUUUGCUCCUGCCUGGGUGUUACUGAUCCUGGGAUUCUUUCUGAACAACAGGUCAUGGAGACUCUUCACAGGCUGCUGUGUGAAUCCCAGGAAAAUCUUCCCCAGGGGCCACAGCUGCCGCUUCUUCUAUGUCCUCGGUCAGAUCACUCUGAGUUCAUUGGUGGCUCCAGUAAUGUGGCUUUCUGUGGCUUUGCUCAAUGGGACGUUUUAUGAAUGUGCCAUGAGUGGGACCAAAAGUUCAAGACUCCUGGGGCUGAUUUGCAAGGGCAAGCCCAAAGAGUGCUGGGACGAACUUCACAAAGUACCUUGCAGCAAAAUCAGCAUGACCCAUACAGACAACGAAGAACUGAAACUGUCCCUGCAAGCCCAGUCUCAGAUUCUAGGCUGGUUCCUGAUUUGUUCAGCAGCUUUCUUCUCUCUGCUCACCGCUCGUUAUGCUCGCUGCCGAUCAAAAGUUAGCUACCCUCAGCUGAGUUUUUGGAAGACGUAUGCACAAACGGAGAAGGAGUACUUGGAAAAUACGCUCCUGGACUAUGCCAAAAAGCUGAGUGAGAGGAACCUGAAAUGCUUCUUUGAAAACAAGAGGCCAGAGGUCUUCUCCAUGCCUACCUUUGCGGCCUGGGAGUCUGCUUCAGAGCUGCAUUCUUUCCACCCAAACCAGCAACAUUACAGCGUCGUCCACAGGGUGGUGGGAGGUGGUCUGGAACUUCGCCCUGAGGGUGAUGAGACUACAGUGCUGCUUGUGGAUGCUUCUCAAAAUGUGCAGCUCACCGACCAUCACUGACUCGUGGUGUCUAGACAUCUUCCUACUGCGUCAACAGCUACCCGAGCAUCUCUGCGUUUUCUCACAUUUAGUGUUUCUUUACAAGACAAUAACGCAAAGGCAAGCAGCUUUGCAGCUCCCAGCUGCAGACAGUGUCACGUGCUCAAACUGAUGCUGAGUGACUGGCCAAGGAUGGUGACAGAGGUGCUGUCGCGUUUGUCGGGGGUUGGGCUCAGGGGCUUCAAGUUCUAAGAUUUUAUGAUUGACAGUGAGAUUCAUGCAAGAAGGUCUGCCACUCUGUGUAAAUAUGGUCAUGGCAUCCGGGGGUAGCGGUGGUGACUUGUGAGUGAGUGUGGUACUCUUAACAGACUUCUGUACAGUGGGAUCUGCAGUGUAGUUGGUAGAAAUCCUCGCUCAGUAAACCUAUCCUACUGCCUUUCAAGGAUGUGUGAAAUUCUAUCAUUUGAAAUUCAUUUCCUUGGAAUCUGAAGACACCGGUUCUCCGAAUAACACAUUAAAAGAAUAUGAUGCCUAAAAUUCAGAGCUUUUCACAUGUUUCCACUAUGCACUGAAAGUAGACCCCUAAGGUCAGGGCUGUAUUAUGACUUUUGUGGGCUCUAGGUACUUUUGCCUUCAUGAAACCAUUUCUACAUUAAAAAAUACACAUACACAC